AUGCAGCUUUUGGCUUGCCUGCCCCGAUUACGGCUCAACCUAAUUGGCCGAUUCAUUUUCUUGUUUUUCAUCCCAACCAGCCGAGCAUUACAACGCAUCCUCGCCCCAUUUAUCGGCGUCUGCAAUCGGCCCAGCCGGUUCCAGCAUCGGACUACAUCUUUUCGACGUCACUCGCGUCGACCAUUUGACGAUUAUGACCUUCGUCGUUUGCAAUGCUCCUACUUCUUCGCCAUCUUUUAG